AUGCACCCAAGGUCAAAGAAUGGAAAGAAUGCAUUACACUAUGCUGCUGAUAAUAAUGAAACAGAAGUAUUACAAAUUUUAAUUGAAUUUGGAUGUGAAAAGAAUCUGCAGGACAUUAAUGGACAGACUGCGUUACAUAUAGCUGCACAGACAAAUAGCCUCAAAGUUGUUACCUUUUUAUUAAACAGAGACUGUGAUCCAAACAUAACAAAUGUUGAGGGAAAGAAGCCAAUAGAUUUGACCAGCUAUAAAUCUAUCAAAACGUUAUUUGAGGCAUUUGAAAAGAAUCUUUUACCAGGUCUUCCAACUGAAGUUAAAAAGUUCGAUACAAAGUCAGCGCAAGUAUUUGCUAGUCUAUUGGAGGAAGAAAGUUAUCCCCAUUUUGAGGCAAGGGUCAUGUUAGCUGGCCAGCAGGGUACAGGGAAAACGACAAUAGCAAGAUAUCUGGUUGGAAAAUGUCCCACUAGAAUCAGGAUAUCGACCGAUGGAAUAGAACUAUACAAUGGUCUUUCAUAUAUGGACCGUGAAUCAAAAGACUGGCUGGGUGGACACCAAGAUUUCUCAUUGGAAGAAAUAACCUUCAGCAGAUCACUUUUAAAAGGAGUGAAACCUAUAAAUGUAGAUGAUACAACGCUAACAAGCAAAGAUCUUCCAGUCAUGUCACAAGCCAUGUCAUUGCCGGCCAGCAAAGAAAAACUAAGACGUCAAUCAAAAGAAAAUUCAAUGUCAGUUACAACAUCAGAAGGGUCAGAAUGGUCAAAAUGGCCAGAAUGUUCAGAAUCGGAUAGGUUGUCUUCCACUAAAAGUUUCAAAACAGGAUUGAACAGUUCUGAAUUCCAAUUUGAAACCGUACCAGUUAAUAUUAGCAGUAUAGACGGGAAUAUGAGCCAACAACUAGUAGGUCAGUUAUGUAAGCAAAAUGCAAAAUCACAAUGCAACGAUGAAAACUAUGAGACAGUCAUACAAGAUAGCAAUCGUAAUUCAGGAAACCAAUCAGAACUACUAGUUUCGGACGGAGAAAGGUCAGGUGACAAUAGAAACAGACAAGUAGAACAGGAAAAUCCAACCAGAAAAGAUUAUACCGAUUUCUCAAUAGACAACUGUUUAGGUGAAAAUUUGCCAUAUACAGACAUUUCAAUGGAUGACUUGGAUCGUGCAAAGUCAGGAAACGCUGGAGAGGUCCACCUAAAAACUGUAACUAAACCUGGAUUGAUCAGAAAGUUAAAACAGAUGUUCGGGGUUUCGAAAAAAGUUAAAGAAGUCAAAGUAUCAAUCACGAAAGAAAACUUUCUCAAGAAGACCUCUAAAGUAGGAAAAAAGCAGUUACACAACAAAAAGAUAGCACCAAUAAUUAUUUGGGAUUUUGGAGGCCAGGAUGUUUUCUAUUCAACUCAUCAGACAUUUCUGACAUACAGAGCGAUUUACAUAAUUGUACUGGAUGGAAGUAGAAAACUUGAUGAUCCAUGUCCGUAUGAACAAUACCUCCCGGGAAAGAGUGGACAUAAAUCAGGAAGAGAUUAUCUGCUUUUCUGGAUCAACACAAUUGUAACAUACUGCAAAGGAAGCGUGAAGGGAUUUCCUAAGAUUCUGGUUGUUUUAACUCACAAAGAUCGGGUAACAGUUAAUGAGGUUGAACAAAGAAGACACGAAAUAUUUGCAGAAAUCACCAAGAUGUUUCACCAGACAUCGUUUAUGCAACAUUUAGUCCUUGAGGAUAAAAUAUUUGUAAACGCACAAGACAAAUAUGACCCCGAAAUGACGAAUCUCAAGGGUGCUAUUAUCAGCGAAUCAGAGAGGCAACCAACAUGGGGUGAACCACUCCCAAAGUGUUUUAUUCCAUUAGAGUUAGAAUUUGCAUCUUUAAUCAGACAAGGCAACCCUCUGAUUACACUAGAGCAUCUAAAGAAAAUAAACGCAUUGCAACCUAUUAGACCGUUAUCAGAAACCGAGUUGAAGGUAUUUCUGAAAUUUCAACAUUCAAUUGGCAAGCUGUUGUACUUUGAUGAGCACAAAUUGGACGACCGUAUAAUUUUGUCUCCCACUCUUCUCAUUGAUGCCUUCAAAUCAAUUGUAACUGAUAAAAGGUUUUGUCAAGGAGACAAAAAAAGAGAAGAGUUGUGGGAUGUUAUGGAUAAGAAAGGAGUUGUCUCAAAACCAAUAAUCGAACAAAUUUGGAAGAAAAAGAAAUAUAAAAAAUUCUACAAAGAUAAAGAUUAUUUACUGGACGUUAUGACUCACCUGGAUAUAUUGGCAGAACCAAAAAAAUACGACUUAGAUCGCAACCGUAUACCUGCUGACUUCUACUAUGUUGCAAGUAUGGUACGAGCUGAAGAUGAUUCUGGAUACCUUCAAUCAGCUGGCUUUACCACCAGGAGUAUUGCCAUAGCCUUCCAAUCGUCAUCAUUGAUGAUACCUCCUGCAUUAUCUUUUAGAUUUAUUAGUUACUGUCUAUAUAUCUGGGCGGUGAAAACAUACGGAGAUACCAACAAGGACAUGCUGUUCCAUCGGUCAGGGGUCUUUACCAUUGAUUCGUCUUUAGAUAUGUACAUUGCCUGCGAAGAUGAAAGGAUUGUUGUCCGUCUUGUUCAUGCCACUUCAAACACACUUAUAAUGAGGGAUGUAGCCUCUAGCAUCUAUGAAUGCCUCACAUCAGCCUUGGAGAAAAUAAGUCAGCUGUAUAUCAGAACAAGUAGUGAUCAGACUCAAACCAGUGAUGCAUCCUUCAUGACCAGGAUAUGUUGUAACUCACCAAACAACUCAUGUGUACUUCCUGACAUCGACCAAGCUCAAACAAAUCAAAUAUGGAUAUGUCCUUCACAUGGCAUUGAACACAACAUACACACAAUUACAUCGUGGAUUGAAGAAAAGGAAGACGAAAAGUGCAAACCAGGGUGCACAGUUACCAAAGAUGAAUUUCUGAAAGUGACACCAUCAGACAUACAUUUACGACGUCUGUCGUUAUUGUACAGUCCAUUCGAGGCUAAAGAACUGGCUAUACAUUUAGGAGUGUCGAACAGGGUAGUUAAUGCCAUACUGGAAACUGAAGAUCCCUUAACAUCAAGUUUUGCAAUUUUGCUACGAUGUCGAGAUAGCAGGAUGGUGACAUUUAAAGACAUCAAAGAGGCGAUAGAAAGUAUUGGAAAAGAAAACAUGCAACCUGAGAAGUGGGAUCUAGUACCUACAGCAGAACACAUUGACAGAUUGGCUCCAUUAGUAGGGAAAUACUCCCUCCCGUUCCUUAUCGAACUUGGAAUGGAUUUAAAUACCUGGGAACAGAUCAGCCACCGACAAAAUAAAAGAGAUUUGGUCAGACUGAACCAGGAUAUCUUAGAAGAAUGGAGAUUCAAGUUUUGUAGGAUGCACAAUCUGAAACCAACUUUGCGAAAAAUCGCACGUGCAUUCAGUAACAUUGAUAAAAAUAUAAAACUCGUUGAAAACACAUUAUCUGAUUUAUUUUAA